GUUUCGUUUAGCAGCGCUGCCGCUAAAGCCUCGUUAGCAAACGAAGUUGACUUGGUCGAUAGGACGAUUCUGCCAGUGCAAUUUGCUCAUAUCAUCAGUGCCUGUCGUUUACAAAGUCGUUUAGUUUUACUUUGGACUUCGUUAUUAAUGGUUGUGUAGUGGUCCUGAAUGUUUUGCCGAAUGGGCGCCUAAUGUGGUGUUAGUGUACAUAUAUAUAGAUAUUACUUAAAAUAUAUGAAUAAAACCGGUGUAAAUGCCACAGUUCAAAUUUGAGUGAAUUCGAAAUUAUUGCACGAAUAUAUUUCUGCAGCUGUAUUGCGAUCGUGUUAAUUUGUUAUUGUUAAAUUAUGUGACCAAAUAAUAUGAUAUAAAUAAUCGUGGUAUCUGCAGAGAAAUUUAAUUAUUAAUUUCGAAAGAUUUUGGGCGAUAUCAUCACAAAGUGAAACAAAAUUUCGUUGAAAGUGAAAGCAAAAGAGAAUUUCUGUAGAAGAUAAAUAUUCUGAAAAUUUUAUGAACAAGUAUUAACAAGGCAACGAAGCAUAACAACAAAUAAUUAACGCAAAAAAUAUUGUAACAACGGCAAAUAUUUUAAAAUAGUUGCGCGCCGAGGCAUACUUUUUGGCGCAUCAUCGACGUCACAAACACUGAAAUGACUCAAAUAAAAUUCCUUGAGUCGCGCGCAAUAAAGUCGGCGAGCUCGACUGCAUUUGCACAGCGCAGAAUGCCAACGAAGCGCACUAAAGUGGCGAGAAAGAUAGUGAGAAGAACAAUAAUAACACCAAUAACAAAUACUACCUAUACAGUACUGCAGCCAAUGCAUAUAAUGCCAAUUAAAUGGAAAAGUAAAAUACCAAAAUGUUUUCUGUUAAUUAUCGCAAUUUGUAUUAACAGCUUCUGGCCGUGGCUUGGGGAAGGCGAAAAUGUUGGUGGUAGUUUACUGCCGCUUGCCUAUUGCUCGCACAUGACUGUCACAGCUGGUGAUGCCAUCGGACAUACGUUCACCAUCGAAAUGCGUGGCAAAAAUCACUAUCACGAUAGUGGUGGGGUUGGCGGUGGUAGUAGUAGCAGUUUGGAGAAUAUGGAUUUGGAAAAUAUUAUGAAUCUGCACGGCUUUGAUAAUGAAGGUGGCGCUAGUGGCGUGCCAGAGGAGUCAGAGGAGCGCGAUCAUAUCGCCCAUUAUUUUGAGAUGAAAAAUCAUGAAGAGUUGCUCGAGGAUAUACGGGAUGACGCCUCUACGAAACUACUACCUGAGAAAGAUUUACCGAAAUUCGGUGAGCCAUUACAAAAUGUCACAGUAUCUGUGGGACGAGAGGCGGUGCUGCAAUGUGUUGUUGAUAAUUUGCAAACCUACAAAAUUGCGUGGCUGCGUGUCGACACACAAACAAUACUGACGAUACAAAGCCACGUGAUAACGAAGAACCAUCGAAUGAGUAUAACCCACGCUGAGAAACGUGCUUGGAUAUUAAGAAUUCGUGACAUCAAGGAAGCGGACAAAGGUUGGUACAUGUGCCAGAUUAAUACCGAUCCGAUGAAGAGUCAAGUUGGUUACCUGGAUGUUGUGGUGCCACCUGAUAUUCUCGAUUAUCCAACCAGCACAGAUAUGGUGGUACGAGAGGGCGCCAACGUAACACUGAAAUGUGCAGCAGUUGGCUCACCAACACCGACCAUAACGUGGCGACGCGAAGGUGGCGAACCCAUAUCGCUGCCUAACAAUAUGGAAGUAAUUGCCUACAACGGUUCCUUCCUGACGAUCACUAAGGUACAGCGCCUCAAUAUGGGAGCAUAUUUAUGCAUCGCUUCAAAUGGCAUACCGCCAACGGUCAGCAAGCGCAUCAUGCUGGUUGUGCACUUUCCUCCAAUGAUUUGGAUACAAAAUCAGCUUGUUGGUGCUGCCACCGGCCAAAAUAUAGCACUUGAAUGCCAGUCGGAAGCGUAUCCGAAGUCUAUCAAUUAUUGGAUGAAAAAUGACACAAUCAUGGUGCCGGGUGAACACUUUGCAUCCGAAACCUUUGAGACUGGCUACAAAAUAACGAUGCGAUUAACCAUAAAAGAUGUUGACACAGCGGACUUUGGUUCAUAUCGUUGUGUGGCAAAGAAUUCUCUUGGCGAUACAGAUGGCACAAUUAAACUUUAUCAUGUUCCGCAAACAACGACCGUAACCACAGUAGCACCGACGUUGGCUUUAAAUACCGUGCCAGCGGCGGUCGCGAAAUACAACAACAAAGAUCAACGUUUCAGUAAAAAAGUUCACCGCACAAAAUCGAAUAUCGCAGAUAUUUCAUCGUCAUCAUCCUCGAAUAAUGUUUAUAUUGGUGCAACAGCGAGCUUAUGGAAUUCACACAAUCACAGCACGGGGAGAGAGUAUAAUCAAUCUUCACCUUGUAAGUCCGAAAUGACGUCCAAUGUACUCUGCGGUACAAAGUCAGCUGGGCAACUGGUUUCAACUGCACUGAAUUCGUCAAGCGCCUUUUCAUCUAAUCAUAAUUCACGUCUUUAUGCGGGUUGCUUGGUAUAUCUCACACAAGGAUUGCACAUAUUGCUCAGGAGGCACGAGCGUUGGCGGGUGAUUCGUUAUUUAAUAUAGUGGAGCAAUCAAAGUAGUAUAACAUUGCCGCAGCACCAUCUCAAGCGGGGACAACUUCCUAUCAUGUAUUAUUAGUAUACAAUAUUUGAAAAGCUUGAGAGAUGAAGUAAAAGAAGGUGAUUAAGCAGGCUAGAUCACGUCGCUGUCCAAAGCGCAAAUUAUUUUAUGCAGUCUUAACAAAUGUCACCAAGGAGAGAGGGAGGUAAAUUCAAUCAGAAUAAGAUGAAGAUGAACAUUUCAGAGUUGAAAACCAGUAUUGCUAUUAUUAGAAACCAUGAAAUAAGAGGAAUACAAAGAGAUAUCAGUAAGGACUACGUAAAGUGUUCGCUGAAAUCAUAUGUCAACCUGGAAUUAUAAAAAGCGAGUUGAACAGCCAGAGCUUAGUAUUUUAUACGAAACUAAUCAGAGAUGCUGAAAAUGCUACUAGCAGAUACUUAGUUAAGAGUGCUUAAUUAUAAUACAAUAACUUGAUUAGUUUUGGUUUUAAAUCCAGACAAGCAUUUUGCAUAGAAAAUAUGUAUUUAUUUUUGUACUGAAUUGUUAUUAGAAAUAAGAACGACA